GCACGUUUAGACUAUCAAACUGUACCUCAUACGCUUCUUCAGUAUGUGUCAUGGUGAGUAGAGUGGUCCUCAGCAGAGAAGACCCAGUGUUUCACAACAAAAACCCUAUAAUUCACCAUACUGAACUAUCACCUCCACCAUACCACUCACCUCCUCUAACACAACCGGACCGAUAUAAUCCCUUUUGGCCAGAGUUUAUUAUGAAUUUCUUGUCUGUGGCAUAUCGGCACUUUGCCAAUAUAUUAUUUCAAACCAAUACAAAAUUACUUUCAGGUAAUUACACUAGAACACCACUUCUGGAAUGCUGUCAACAAAUGGCAACUUUAAAUCAAAUGCAUAAGAAUCCAUGGCGACCCACGAAAAAGAAGAAGCGUCCAACAUUCGGCCUCCCAUUUCUGCGUGGCAUUGUCUUAAAAACUUUAAUUAAAAAACCUAAAAAACCCAAUUCGGCCAAUCGAAAAUGUGUUCGUGUGAGGCUUAGUAAUGGUCGUGAAGCCACCGCUUAUGUACCUGGAGAAGGACACAAUCUUCAAGAGCAUAGUAUUGUUCUUGUUAGAGGAGGUAGAUUACAAGACGUUCCUGGUGUAAAAUUAAAAUGUGUGCGAGGGAAAUAUGAUUUAGCACAUGUAAAGAAAUAAAUUUAUUCUGGUUUCUGUGA